AUGCAGAAGGUCCUCCUGUUGGUCUUUAUUGCGACUGCUUAUACUGCUUUCGCGGUACCAGUAGCGGAACCAGAGAAAGAACAUGAAUACUCAAGAUACAUCCAAAUGCCUGAUGGGGAAGGAGUAAUGCACACAGUCGACCUUGAGGCUGAACCUGAUAUGGAACUCCUUGAUGAAAUAAGCAGAGAUCCGGCGAACAAUUUGUAUCUGCUUUACACUAGGCGGAACCAGAUCGUCUCUCAGACUCUUGUGAUGAAUGAUGCUAACUCUAUCACAAGAUCCAACUUCAACGCCAACCGACCGACUGUAAUCAUUGCUCACGGUUGGCUCAGCAACCAGUUUACUUCUACAAACUACAUCAUCAGAAACGCUUACCUUCGGAAAAGCGACGUGAACGUCAUCGUACUGGACUGGAGACGUCUUGCUGCAUCGGACUACGUCACAGCCACUAGAGGAGUGCCAGCUGUUGGACGUGGCCUUGGCCAGUUCCUUAAUUUCCUCAAUAGAGUGACUGGAGCUGCCUUCAAUUCCAUGCAUAUUGUUGGAUUCAGUUUGGGUGCUCAUCUGGUUGGUAAUGCUGGCAGAGAACUCGGUGGCAGAGCUGCUCGCGUCACAGCUUUGGACCCAGCUGGUCCCCUGUGGAACUACAACUCCAACCGUGUCAACUCUAACGAUGGGAUCUACGUUGAAGCUAUCCAUACUGAUGGUGGCUCAAGUGCUGGUGCUCUAGGCAUUGGCAUGAAUGUAGCGAAUGCAGACUUCUAUCCUAAUGGAGGAGUCUCUCAACCUGGUUGCAGCACCAACCUUUGCAAUCACAACCGUGCUGUGGAAUUCUUUGCCGCUUCUGUCACCUAUAACCACUUUGUUGGAAGACAAUGCUCCAAUUCUAUUCAAGUGUCUACAAAUACAUGCCGAGGAAAUGAGCUCCGUAUGGGCAAUGAUGAUUUGAGGAAAACUGGAUCGGGAAUGUAUCGCUUGGACACCGGAAGAACUUAUCCAUACUAA